UGUUCUCGACCAUUCAUUCGACGGUUGGACGUCAUCGUGACUAGACGCGAGACAUUCAGUCGUUGUCGUGAGUCACAUCGACACGGUACACGGAUUACCUUUCUAUUUGGCCACCGUAAAACAAACAAACAGCAUCGCAAAACCGGGUUUUCCACGUGAACUUCGCUGUCUGGGCUUGUCGUUGUGUUUUGUGCGCCGGUGGCCUUUCCAUUUGCUGAAUACAAUCACAAGGGGUUCGGCGCCUUUAUCGUGUUUGAUAACAGUUUUCCACGAAAGAAAGUUGCAACAAUGCUUUAUCAAUGUGUUUAGUGCUAUUUUGGAUCGUCACAUUUUUCCGUGAAAUCCAUCGAUCUGUGAAGCUAAAGUGCCGCGUGACUUGUCGUGACCUCAGCAUCUACACUUGCAGGAGAUUACCGUGUGUUCAUGCAUAAUUCAUACUGCCGAAGAGAAGUUUAAAUUCAAUUCUUAACAGUUCAUUGAGCAAUGCAAAACAACUAACCGUCUCCUUAUGUAAGUCCAAGACGGUGUAAAUCAGUGCAUCAUACCCCAUACGACACGCAGACAAACGCGAAGCCCACCAUGUGGAGCCGAAGAUUGGUGACAACGUCGUCGGGUGUCUUUCAGCUGCCGCUGGUACUGGCAAUAGUGGUGACCUUCACACAGUGGCCGAUUCAACAGAUCGAUGGCCAAUUUACCGUUGACCAGAUGCGAGUGGUAUCCAAAUCGAAUAAUGACACUCACUUUCGCCAGACGUUGAAACAGAUUCUGAAGCCCCGCAUCGUUGGCACCGCCACCCACGACGAGGUCAAACGGUACAUCGUGGACCAGCUGAAGCAGCAACAGUUCACCGUCGAGUUGGACGAAUUCAACGACAAGACUCCGCACUUUGGAAGGCUGAAAUUUUCCAACAUUGUGGGCAAACUGAACCCGGAGGCGGAUAAGUAUCUCACCCUCGCUUGCCACUAUGAUAGCAAAUACUUCCGAGAGCAUGCUUUCAUCGGAGCAGUUGACUCAGCAGUACCUUGUGCGAUGAUGUUAAAUCUGGCGAAAACUACCGAAUCUGCGCUAACAUUACUCAAGAAUAAUACCGAUCUCAGUUUGAUGUUAAUUUUCUUCGAUGGAGAAGAAGCAUUUAGGAAGUGGUCGGCGACUGAUUCUUUAUACGGAUCCAGACACCUGGCAACAAAGUGGACUACAAUGCCAUACGUUUCACGAACUCUGGGAAAAUCAAUGCGUGAGAUCGAUCGAAUUCAGCUUAUGUUACUGUUGGAUUUAAUUGGUGGCGAGAAUCCAAAGUUUUACAACUUUUUUGAUAAUACCAAAAACUACCACCGAAGGUUGAGUAGCAUCGAGUCGAACCUCAGAAAGAACAGAUUGUUACUGAAAGACCCGAAAAGUAGUGAGAUGUUCAUAGAUCAGACAACGUUCAGCAGGAUCGAGGACGAUCAUCUACCAUUUUUGAAGAGAAAUAUUCCCAUUCUCCAUCUGAUACCGGUACCGUUCCCGAAGCACUGGCAUAAACCAGAAGAUACGGAAGAAAACGUUAACCUUCGAACAGUCGGCAACAUCAAUAUGAUCCUGCGUGUGUUCACGUUGGAAUAUCUCACAUACUGCAACAGCAAAUAUGGAAAAUCCCUCAGUUCCUGUUUGGAUUAAGCACGAGUGAUUGAACCCUGAAACUGUUUGAAGCUUUUUACUCAUGAGCUUAAUGAAAAUGAAAUUUAUGUGAUUUUGCAACUGCUUUAGAGUACCUACCGCCCAAAGUAAUUUAUUUUCACCUCCAGAAUUGUGUGCACGAUUUUAAAUAUGCAUUUUUAGCGGCAGAAAAAUAAAAGUGAUUUAUUUUACGGAAUGAAA